CAGAAAAUGUCACAUUUUUGUGAUUUAUAUCGUUAUCGGACGAUAGAUGUCUUAUAUUGGGAUAUGAGAUUUUGGUCAUAUCGCACAGCCCUAGCCAGGUGGACGCUGAGGAUCUGAGGCUACGAACUGAUUCCUAUGAGCUCGUGUAGCUCAGGCCCGGACCCAGAUGUGUUUUUUAAAGCUUUAGGUACAAAGCUGUGAAAAGUGCAGGGAGCCAGAGGUGAAACGCAGGGAUCGGGCUGACGUGAUGCUGUUUGCUAGAACUGUGAGAGAGUGAUGUUUGAUUUAUAGCAGAGAGGAGGGAGCUGCAGAAGUCCAGCCUUGAGAAACGGAUGCUCGGGUGAUUUUCUUUCAAAAGUAUUGGUUUUUGAGAAUCUGAGAUUCUGUUUUGGAGAAAGUUAGACUGGUCAGCUUCUCUAAAGCUUGAAAGUUUAAAUAUUUAGAUGUCAUUUUGACACAAAAGCUUAAAUUUUAAUUUAAACUGCCUCAUUUAAAACUUUGGAAAUGUAGUUUUAAUUGUUUCUAGCUUCUCCUUUUUUUUUCAGUGAAAACGUGUCUUGUUUUUCUAGCUUCUUCUAAUGCUGUCAGCGUGUGCAAUUUUUCAAAUUUUGAUGGAUCGGCUCUGAGAUCUUCUCAGCUACAAGUUAUAAUAGCAAAGGUACAUAUAUAGCAAAGAUAUGGCCACUACAGCGCAGGUUCUUUGAGGAUUUAGAGAACGACAAAUCAUGCAGUCUUUCUCCCCAGACGCUGACUGCUACUUCUCUGGAUUUUGGCUCUAUGAGUUAUAAAGUGUUGUUGGAGUUCGUGGCUCUUUAUUCUAAUUAGAUUCAGUGAGUAUUUUGGAGUAACUCCAAGGUUGCUCCUUUUAGAGCAGGAGUCGAGUCCCGCUUUAGUUGAUCGGCAGCAUAAAGCCCAAUCUGUUCCUAAACGAGCCGUCCCAAUAAAACAAAUGCAUUAUAUCUGACCUGUCUUUAAUAUCAGUGCAGUCUCAAUAGCAUGUCUUAUCACAUGCGGUUACAGAAGGUAUAAGCAGUUGUGUUAUUUGAUUCUUUAUGACUCAAACAGUUUGUCAAGAUCUGGAAAUACUUGAUAUUUUCAGGCAUGUGAGGAACACUGAAGUUGUUAAAGAUCUUCAGUCAUCUCAAAGAUCUCAGUCAGUUUCCAUACUUUGUGCUGGACUGGAUCCUUUGUUGUGCCAGUUGUGCCCCACUGCUUUAUACAUAUGUUUAACACUUUAUGUGUUACUUAACUGAAGCAUAAAUCAUGCUGAGGAUGCUGGUUGUGUAAGACGCCAAAUCUGGGAGUCCCAGCCCUUCUUUUGGUUUGAUUGUUUAAACCAUUUCAGUCUUCCGCUGGAUCAGUUUUCCUAAAAUAUGACUGCGGGGAUCAUGGGAAAUAGGCUGAGUAACCGUGGUUAAUCUCACUAGUUCUCAGGAACAUGUUUAUCUGAGUUAAAACUGUUAUAGUUGUUGUAGUGUACACCUUUGCGAAAGAAAACUGAAAUGAUAUUUUGCACAUUUAAAAUUAAAGUAAAUUAAAACGUGCAGGAAACGUCUUUUAGUUUUCAUCUUUCUUUUUUUUUUUUUUAGGCCAGACUUGUCAGCAGUGCCAGCCUGAGGAGGCUCUGGUGCUGUGAGCUGAUUGAUCAUAUAAAACCUGUCCUGAGCUUCCCCUGAAAAAUAUCCUCCAGUACAAGAAACGCAAGCUAACAGAGUUCAGAUGUUUUGUCUUUACACCCCUGCUUUUACCACCAUCAUGCCUCUCCAGGUGUUGUCAGUGUGGUCUGACAGCUGGAUUCACGCCAGCUGUUCUUCCAGCGUGUCCCCUCAGUGAGACGUGUUGUGUGUGAGAGACAGAAGAUGAGACGCGUCCUCGGCAGCAGUCGGGCUGACCUGCACACAUGUGAUUAUGACUUGUGUUCGUCUCUCAGAAGGAGACCAGAUGCUGCGGGUAUUCAGUUGCCAGGCUACAGUGCAGCGUUGGGCACAGAGCCUCAUCUCACCAGAGUUUUAUUAUAUUACAGCCACUGACACGAGUCUAAUUUCAGACUUAGAGCACUCUCUGCGUAUCACGUGCUGUUAUCGGCUUCUCCCACAGUCUCAGCUGCUAGUGACGGCUCUGUUAUCAAUCUAUGACGUGUCAGUCAUAGGCCAAGCGCUGGACUUUCCUGUUGGUAAACACGCCGAUAGUUGUGACUCUAAAACCGGCAACAACAGAGAUGAUUAAACGCGGCUCUCCAGCUAAAGGUUGCUGGGCUGUUAAACUAACGUGCUUGUAAUCCUUGAUUUAGUAAUAGGAUUAAUGCUGACAUUAAAAGCUCAGCACCUCCCUCAUAAUAUCACUUUGAGUUACAAAGUGAAGGGGGGGCUGCUUGGUGCGGGGAUAGGAGUGAUUGAUUGACCGAGGUGCUCAGCGGUAAAAAAUCGAUGUUGUGUUUGGACCGGUAAUUUUGUUUCUCUCAGUAUUUCUCACUUGAGUGUAACUGUGAUCCUUUGGCUGUCAUUCUCACGCCUCCUCUCACCUGACAGAAUCCAUCGAAGCGGCAGGAGAGACGCGCUUUACAAAGAGAACCUGCUGCUGCGAGGCUGCACCAUCCGCAACACGGAGGAGGCCGUGGGAAUUGUCAUCUAUGCAGGUCACGAGACCAAAGCCAUGCUGAACAACAACGGUCCACGUUACAAGCGCAGUAAACUGGAGAGGCAGAUGAAUGUAGACGUGUUCUGGUGCGUCAUCAUCCUGCUGGUCAUGUGCCUGUUUGCUGCUGUUGGUCACGGGCUGUGGAUGUUUCAGUAUGGAGAUAACAGACCCGUGUUUGACGUUCUUAGCCCAGAGGGGACCAACUUAUCGCCCAUCAUGUCAGCCAUUUAUCUCUUCCUCACCAUGAUCAUCGUCUUUCAGGUCCUGAUACCCAUCUCCCUUUUUGUGUCAAUUGAAAUUGUCAAGAUCUGCCAAGUGUACUUCAUCCAUCAAGAUAUGGAUCUGUACGACGAGGAGACAGACUCCCACCUGCAGUGCAGAGCACUUAAUAUCACAGAGGAUCUGGGCCAGAUGCAGUAUAUCUUCUCUGACAAGACAGGCACGCUGACGGAAAAUAAGAUGGUGUUCCGGCGCUGCACUGUGGCAGGGGUGGAGUAUUCCCAUGAUGCCAACGCUCGAAGACUUGCCAUGUACCAGGAAAUGGACUCGGAGGAGGAAGAGUGCAUGUCUCACGGUGGCACCCUCCCCAGGCGGGACAGCGUGACCAGUCACCAGAGCGCCCGCGUGGUGCUGCGGUCCCAGAGUACCAAGUCCCACCGCAGGACAGGCAGCAGGGCCGAGGCCAAGAGAGCCAGCAUCCUGUCCAAGCACACGGCCUUCAGCAGCCCCAUGGAGAAAGACAUCACCCCCGACCCCAAGCUCCUGGACAAAGUCAAUGACUGCAGCAGUCAGAUGGACUUCAUGCGCUUCCACAGCCAGCCUAUGUCCCAGCUGCCCUCUGACCUCUCAGACAUCAUCGAUUUUUUCAUCGCUCUCACAAUCUGCAACACGGUGGUCGUGUCCUCCCCCAACCAGCCAAGACACAAGGUCAGGAUGAGGUUCGAGCUAAAGUCUCCAGUGAAGACCAUCGAGGACUUCAUCAAACGCUUCACCCCCAGCCGACUGACCUCCGGCUCCAACAGCAGCAGCUCCUCCAGUCUCAUCACCAACCGAUCCUCCAAUAAGGGCUGCUCCAGCCUGCUGUCCUCGCCCUCGGCAGAGAGCACGCUCACCAAGCUGCACGAGGAGCAGCCCUCGGGAGGUUUGGAGCAGGCUUUUAGCCCCAUCCCGCCAUCCUACGAUGGAAAAACCUCCUGGAACCUCGACGAAGGAGAGCUGCGCUACGAGGCAGAGUCGCCCGACGAGGCCGCUCUGGUCUACGCUGCCCGGGCCUACAAGUGCUCCCUGGUCGGACGCCUCCCCGACCAGGUGAUCGUGGAGCUGCCUCACCUGGGGAAGCUGAGCUUCGAGCUGCUGCACACGCUUGGCUUCGACUCCACCAGGAAACGCAUGUCUGUGGUGGUUCGACACCCUCUGACUGAUCAGAUCACCGUCUACACUAAAGGAGCAGACUCUGUCAUCAUGGAUCUCAUCAAACCCCCCGACACAGGAAACUCCAAAGGGAAACGUCAGAAAAAGAUUGUCUGCAGGACCCAGCACUACCUGAAUCUGUACGCUGCAGAUGGACUUCGCACGCUGUGCAUAGCAAAAAAGAUUCUGAGCAAAGAGGAGUACGCCUGCUGGCUGCAGCGGCACUUGGCGGCUGAGACGGCCAUUCAGGGAAGGGAGGAGCUGCUCUUUGAGUCGGCCCUGCAGUUGGAGACGAACCUCCAUCUUCUGGGAGCGACGGGCAUUGAGGAUCGGCUGCAGGACGGCGUGCCUGAAACUAUAGCUUCCCUGCGGAAGGCGGGCCUACAGAUAUGGGUGCUGACGGGGGACAAACAGGAAACUGCUGUGAACAUCGCGUACGCGUGCAAGCUGCUAGACCCCGAGGAGGAGCUCCUGACACUGAACGCUGACUCUCAGGAGGCGUGCGCGCUGCUGCUGGAGGAGAGUUUACACUACAUCCAGGCCAAAUUCCUCUGCAGCCCAUCAGGCCCAACCACCAAGAGCUUCAACACGAACUUCUCGCCCUUUGACAUCUACUCCUCUUCAUCUCCGUCCUCCCAGUCCACUCCCUUCUUGGUGCACCGGCUGGGCCUGGUGAUAGACGGGCGGACGUUGGCCUACGCCCUGGAUAAGAGUUUGGAGGAUAAGUUUCUGGCCGUUGCACGGAGCUGCCGUUCCGUGCUGUGCUGCCGGUCCACGCCGCUGCAGAAGAGCAUGGUGGUCAAACUGGUGCGGAACAAGCUGAAGGUCAUGACUCUGGCCAUAGGAGAUGGGGCCAAUGACGUCAGCAUGAUCCAGGUCGCAGACGUGGGUGUGGGGAUCUCAGGACAGGAAGGCAUGCAGGCAGUGAUGGCAAGCGAUUUUGCCCUCCCACGUUUCCGGUAUCUCCAGAAGCUCCUGCUGGUACACGGGCACUGGUGCUACUCCCGCCUGGCUAACAUGAUCCUGUAUUUCUUCUACAAGAAUGCAAUGUUUGUGGCGCUCAUCUUCUGGUAUCAGUUCUACUGUGGCUUCUCAGGUUCAGCCAUGAUUGACCAGUGGUAUCUCAUCUUCUUCAACCUGAUGUUCUCUGCUUUCCCACAACUCAUUACUGGCACUCUGGACAAAGACGUGUCAGCAGAGACUCUCCAACAACUACCUCAGCUCUACGUGAAAGGCCAGAACUCCGAGGAAUAUAAGCCAUAUAUGUUCUGGAUGAACAUGAUUGAUGCCUUCUACCAAAGUCUCGUCUGCUUCUUCAUUCCUUACUUUGCCUACGCUGACUCUGACGUGGACCUGUUUACAUGGGGAACUCCCAUCACCACCCUCGCCUUAUUCACUAUUCUGCUGCAUUUGGGCACCGAGACCAAAACAUGGACGUGGAUGAACUGGAUGUCGAUCGCCUUCAGUAUCGCCUUAUUCUUCACCGUGGCGCUGUGCUACAACGCCUCCUGUCCCGCCUGCUACUCUCCUUCCAACCCCUACUGGACCAUGCAGAGGCUGCUGCAGGAGCCCCUCUUCUACCUGCUGUGCUUCAUCACGCCCAUCGCUGCGCUGCUGCCUCGAUUUUUCUACAGGGCGUGUCAAGGCACGCUGUUCCCGAGCCCAGUCCAACUUGGAAGGCAGUUGGAUAAACUCCCCACUGACAUCCGCAGGAACAUCCUUAGCCUGAGUCGGGUCAAGGUGGGGUCGCCGCUCUGCCCCAAGCUUCCUUUCCUGUCCCUUGCUAAGGCCUCGCCUAAAGGUUACUAUAAAAAGGAUCGGAGGAGCGUCUCUGGCUCAAAACAGGGGCCUCUAUUACAAACAGAUGAAGCAAAGAGAAGCCCGCUGCAGCCCACAGACAGCGAUAUGCACCUUUCAGAUCUCUAUACACCAGCUCCGUCAGAAGUAGACACCCUUCCCUACACCAAAGACAACCCCGCCCUGUCAGGGGAGCUGCAGACUUCUUCUGCCGCAGACUCUGAGCAUCUCAAUAAGACUAUAGAGCCGUCAGAUGUCAAUCUGUCCAGCUGUGUCACCUCCACACCUCUGCCCGCUCAGGCAGACGGCGUGCAGCUGAGCAUGCCCCCCGACGGAGCCUCGCAGUGCGUCAGAUACACGAGGAACUCAGAGGAAAGACUCAAAUCUGAGCACGCCGUCAGUUCGGCACACAGGACAGAGCCGCCGACAGAACGGCCGCUGCAGGCCGCUUCCUUCAGUCUUAACUAGGAAUUCAAUUGCACAAUAGUUUGUUUGUUUUUUAAAGAUCUAAUUAUAUUUUUCAAGCAGAUUCUUUUAUGAAACAUGCAAAGAGGUACUUUAUAUUUUGGAUGUAAAUCUAAAGCAGAGAUAUUUUUGCCUUUUGGGAGAUUUAUUUUUCUGAUACUGGGAAACUUAAAGUUCACACAGAAACAUCUCAGUACUCUGUCAGGUCUUCAUGAAAAGAAGAGCAAAGAGAUUCCACCGUGAUAUGGUACCCAGUUCGUUCUUUCAGCUUGGCCUGUAAAUGCACCAAGACCGGGAUCGGAGCCGUUCGUGGCCUCGAAUCGGUGCUGACGAGGAAAGAAGUUCCCGUACUUUACUUAUACUUAAUGGCCACGCAGAAGCAUAUUUCUGUGAGGACUUCCAUGCAGAUGAUACCAAAGGUUUAUAUUCAAGUGCAGCAAGUUGUGGUGCUGGCUCUGUGCACAUUUUCUUCUUCUUGUUGGAUCGGGAAACAUAGAAGUCCGUUUCUAGCUGUUCUCUUGCACAGUAAAUUCUUCUAAAUUAUAGUUAUUAGAGCUGUUGGCUGUAAAGUUAUUUGUGCAUUAUGACCAAGAAAUCGCCAUUUCAGUCUUUAUGCACUAAGAAUCCACCAGGAAUUAUGCUGUGUGUAUGUGUGGGUGCGUGUGUGUGUUUGUUUCUACAGGGUUAAGACUUGGUUUGAAAUGGUUAGCGUUAGGAUUAUGUUCAGAUUAGGGUUCGGGUUAGACGUUUAGCUGGGCCAUGGAAUACGCUACAUCCUCGCAAAAGCAAAACUCUUAUAUACGUGCGUGUGUGUGUGUGUUUAUCCAAUGACUCAUUGGAUCUCUUUUAAGAGCCAGUUCCGCAUAAAUGUAGAUUUGCUAACUGUUGCCAAGAGUUGAGGUCAAUCCGUCAAAUAUAAAGCUGAAGUCGGAGGCGUUAUUUUCUAAAAAAAAUAAUAAUAAUAAUAAUUUUAAAAACCUGCUUUCCAGCAUCUCUAAAGCUCAUUAAUUAACAUUUCAUAACAUCUCCUUUCUUUCAUUUUUGUAAUCACCAUAUCAUAAAGAUAAUGUAUGUAUCAUUGCUAGCGGUUAGCUGCUUCUGUCUUCACCUUCAUGUACUGAACCCGUCACUUGUCAGCCUCCAGCCGAGUGAAAACCCUCCUCUGUGUGUCUGCGCAGAUGUUUUGCAGAUGUCUUCUCAUCUGCAUCCUUUACAGUUUUACUAGGAAGCACUUUAAAAGCCCCAUUUUGCUUUUAGCUUUUCAGUUUUUAAACACCACGUUUACAGUUGGAUAUUUUUACCUUAAGCUGUUUCCCUCUGCUCUUCGACUUUAUACACAGCUAAGCUAACGCUAUCAUAAGAAGCAGGAUUUUUGCUACCGUAAGCUUUUUUUUUUUUUUUUGUCUUGUUUUUUUUUUAGUCUGACUUUAAUCAUGUUUGAUCUUUGGCCCUGUGCGAGUAACAUAGUAGCAUUUAACUAAAUGCGAUCUUAAAACUGGAAUUAUUCUGACAAAGAUUUAUAUCUUCAUAAGCAAUGACCGGUACUCAGAACAGGAGGUCUUGGCCUGUGCAAGUGUCCUGACUCCAACACAAACAUGAGAGAGAAGGAUUCAAUUUCUUUUGUUUGUGAGAAACAGCCAGUUGGAAGGAGUUUCAGAGUAGAAACUGGGCGAUCGAUGCCCAGAAUAAGAAAAAAGGGGCAUUAUUUUGAACUUUUACUCAUGAAAAGCUAGGCUAACGCUAAUGAGUGAAAUAGUAAAUACAUAAAGCUGAGCAUAACAGAGGCACCGCUUAGUCUGUGCAAGUCCCCUUUUUCCAUUCAUGUCAUGUGUUUAGUUUAUCUGAAGCCCAUCUGAGGUUUUUUUUUUUCUUUUUUUCCUAAAGCUGUAAACCAAAUCCUCGGGGCUCAGUCUGUCCCAGAUCUUAAAGAGACUGCUUUAAGUUUGCACUUUGAAAGCUUUCAGUCGCUGAGUGUCGUCGGUGCUGCAAGGAGAGCGGGAGCUUUGCACCCCUCUUACCUUUGCAGACACUUUGAUGCGUUCCUCCAGUUUAUGGUUGAGCAUUUAAAGCAGCAGCACCUUUUUAACAUUUUCUGAAGGGCGUGUCUCAUUCCAGGAUGUUUUUGUAAGGAGUUCAACUUUUGCCAAAAGUCAUCUAUAUAUUCUACGUGCCUUAACACUGGAUAAGAAAUGAGAAAUGUGCUCGUGAUGCUGAUUCUGUUUGUUUAAUGAUGAUGGAGCAUAUAUUCGGAGGCUGCAGGCUCUGUGGUUUCUCUCCACCUGUCCUUUUGCACAUGGUGCUUGUUCCAUUGGCAUGCUGUUGUCUGCAGUCUGUUCGCUUUGUUUCAGAGGUUCUGUCAUUUGGGGUGUCGCACUUUGUGUGCCAGGCUGAAGCUUAAGUGUUUCUGCGAUCCUACACACACACUGUCACACAGCGUAUCUGAGCAUAUUCAAUAUUUUUCUCCUUAUCUUUCUUUUGGUUGCUGCAUCGGCCGAAUGUGAGCUUCACUGUUUGAAUGGUUUCGCUCUCAAUGCUGAUCAGCCACAGCAUUAAAACGUUUUUUAAAAACCACAAUUAUUUUGAAGCACAGUAGUUUUCGAAAAGUCAAUGAGACAUUGAGUCUUCAUGUUAAAAUAGCUGCCAGGUUAAUGGGAUGUGAGAUGGGUUAUUGUUGUUGACCGAGACCAGAAAAACAGCAAGUCGCUCCACUUUCACUAAAUUAAUUUAGGAAGACAUCGAAGCGUUCAAGGUGUUAAACUCUGCCACUGCCAGCUGGUGAAGCCGUGUUUCUACCAAUCAGAUCUGUUUUUUAUGUUGUGGCUGAUCAGUAUAUUGAAAGGUAUUGAUCAGAGAUUUUGGGAUAAACACUGAAAAGCUGCAGCCGGUCACCAACGUAGAAGAACUGUUUUAGGUUUUUAUUAAUAUUCCACAUUUUUAUCAGUUCUUUGGCCUUUGUGCAACUGGAAAGUUUCUGUACAUGGCUACUUUUGAACAAAAUAAAAAUGAUAAAGAAUUA